AUAUUAUAAACAAGUUGUAUUGGUUAGCUUUACAGUAAGGUCUGAGGCUUCAACAUCUGUAGGGUAUAGUCUGGUAGCCAAAAAAAGCUUCCCCAAAUGGCAAUUGUUUGGGAUUACCCUGGGGACUCCUACUUACAUAUAGCUCUAGAAAUGUAAAUACAAGUCAUAUAAUUUCAUCCAUCACUGGCUAUAGGUAGAACCCAACUAUCCAAAAUUUCUGCUCUAUUAAAUCUAAUUCAUUACGUUUCAUUAAAAUGGUAAAUGAUGUGUAACAGUCAAGAUUUUGGCUAAUUAAAUAUUAUACAAAUGAAACAAUAGAUUCUUACAUGGCAGAAAAGCCUAUUUUUUUUUUUUUUUAAAUCAGGGUCAAAUAUAUCUGUAUCAACAAGUAUUCUUUGAAGUAUUUUUUGUUGCUAAUUUUGCUAAUCAUUAGGAAAUUCGUGAAAGUUGGUAUUGUGAUUGUUAAAUAUUUCCCAGGAAUGAAAGAAGCAAUUUCCAACUUUUCUGGAUGAGCUGAACAUAAUGCUACGGUUCUUGCAUAAUGAGUAAAAGAAAGUCUUGACAUUAAUACAUACAAUAUUGUUUCUCAAUACAUUUAUUAAAUACAUUAGACUACAAUAUGCAUUACCUUAAAGUCAAUAUAUCAUGUUUUAAAUGCAGGAGGGCUAAUUUUUUCAGUAGGAAUGUGUAAUUAGCAAAGGCACAAGAGGCCAUAUGACGGUAGAAUAGAGCUGGCAGAGGCAGGGGAGGAAAGCCGGAUGGAACCCUGCUAUCUUUCUGGGUCAGGGUUAGUCUGUACCGGUUAAACGGUGAAAGAGAAAAGGUCAGCGCAGGAAUUUGGUAUUUUCCUGACAUCUCCAGAUGCAAGUCCGGACUCUAGGACUUCUCUAGACUGUGAAAGCAGACUACGAUUCUUCUUUGCACGCACCUAAGUGGCAGUAGGUUUAGGAUGAAGGUGGCGGGGCGGAGGCCGGCGGUCCUCACCCGUGCCCUCUGCACUCCUGUCCCGAGGUCUGGAUGGCCGCGCCCACUCUGGGUAAAUUUCAGGAGGGCCUGCGCGGGGCUGAAGAGCUCCGCCGGGAUAUGCGAACAGAAUCCUGCGAAGAGGAUGGCAUUCCCUGUGGAUAUGCUGGAAAAUUGCAGCCAUGAGGAAUUGGAAAAUUCUGCUGAAGAUUACAUGUCAGAUUUAAGGUGUGGGGACCCUGAAAAUCCAGAGUGUUUUUCUCUUCUCAAUAUUACGAUUCCUAUUAGCCUGUCAAAUGUAGGCUUUGUACCUCUUUACGGUGGAGAUCAGACCCAGAAAAUUCUUGCUCUCUUUGCACCUGAAGAUUCACUGACAGCUGUGGCACUUUACCUUGCUGAUCAGUGGUGGGCUAUUGAUGAUAUUGUGAAAACAUCUGUUCCUUCAAGAGAGGGGCUUAAGCAGGUGAGCACUCUUGGGGAGAGAGUGGUUCUGUAUGUUCUGAAUCGAAUUAUUUAUAGAAAACAGGAAAUGGAGAGAAAUGAGAUCCCAUUCCUGUGUCAUAGCAGUACUGAUUAUGCUAAGAUUCUGUGGAAGAAAGGAGAGGCCAUUGGGUUUUAUUCAGUUAAGCCUACAGGAAGCAUAUGUGCCUCUUUUCUUACCCAAAGUUACCAACUGCCAGUUCUUGAUACCAUGUUUCUAAGAAAGAAAUGCAGAGGUAAAGAUUUUGGGCUUCACAUGCUGGAGGACUUUGUUGAUUCCUUUACAGAAGAUGCACUUGGCUUGCGGUAUCCGCUGUCUUCUCUCAUGUACACAGCUUGCAAGCAAUACUUUGAGAAGUACCCAGGAGACCAUGAACUCCUUUGGGAAGUUGAAGGUGUUGGACACUGGUACCAGCGAAUACCAGUCACCAGAGCAUUACAAAGAGAAGCACUUAAAAUUCCAGCAGUUUCUCAAAAUGAACCUAAAAGACCUAUGUCUGGAGAAUAUGGUCCUGCAUAUGUUCCAGAAUAUGAAGCAAGAACUGAAGACAAUCAGUCUAGUGAGAUGCAGCUAACUAUUGAUUCUCUAAAAGAUGCCUUUGCAAGCACUUCUGAAGGUCAUGAAAAAACAUCAGUUUCCACUCGUACUCGAAGUAGUAAUCUAAAGCGACCAAAGAUUGGAAAGCGGUUUCAGGAUUCUGAAUUUAGCAGUUCUCAAGGCGAAGAUGAAAAGACCUCCCAGACUUCACCUACAGCUUCAUUAAACAAAUUGGAGUCCACUGCACGCCCAUCAGAGAGCUCAGAAGAAUUCCUGGAAGAAGAACCCGAACAGAGAGGGAUUGAAUUUGAGGAUGAAAGCAGUGAUAAAGAUGCACGGCCAGCACUGGAAACACUGCCACAGCAAGAGAAGCAAGAUGGUGAAAAGGAAUCUGAAUUAGAGCCUAUGAAUGGUGAGAUAAUGGAUGAUUCUCUUAAGACCUCACUUAUAACAGAAGAGGAAGACUCCACUAGUGAAAUUUUAGAUGAAGAAUUAAAAUUGCAGCCUUUUAAUUCCAGUGAAGAUUCUACAAAUCUUGUUCCACUGGUGGUAGAAUCUUCAAAACUCUCUGAGGCAGAUGCACCAGAUAAGACCCCACGUAUACCUGACUCAGAAAUGUUGAUGGAUGAAGGCACAUCUGAUGUAAAGGGGCACACGGAAGAGAAACUGUCCCUACUUCCAAGAAAGAAAGCACACCUUGGGAGUUCAGAUAAUGUUGCUACUAUGUCACAUGAAGAACGAUCUGAUGGUGGUUUUCCAAACUCUGUGAUAGCUGAAUUUUCUGAAGAACCAGUCUCUGAGAACUUAUCUCCCAAUACUACUUCCUCAUUGGAAGACCAGGGUGAGGAGGGGGUAUCUGAGCCCCAGGAAACAUCUACUGCUCUUCCUCAGAGUUCUUUGAUAGAGGUUGAACUUGAAGAUGUGCCAUUUUCACAGAAUGCAGGACAGAAGAACCAGUCAGAGGAGCAGUCUGAAGCAUCUUCUGAGCAACUGGAUCAGUUUACACAAUCGGCAGAAAAAGCUGUUGAUAGCAGCUCAGAGGAAAUAGAAGUGGAAGUGCCUGUGGUAGACAGGCGAAAUUUAAGAAGAAAGGCCAAAGGGCAUAAAGGACCUGCUAAGAAGAAAGCUAAGCUGACCUGAAGGAAGAAGAAAAGUGGAUGAUAAACCCUCUUCUUUGUAACAUAAUUGUUUUUAAAAUAUGGUAAUUAAUAAACAGCAUGGGGCACAGGACAAAAAUUUCCAAAAUUUCAAUUUGAACUUAUUUACUAUGCAGUUUUUCGCUUCCCUUUAGAACGUAGAAUUCACCAUUCUUUUUAAUUAUUCAGGCUAUUUUUGGUAAAUGCAAUUUUUUAUUUUUAUUAACCAUGUUUCAAUUUUGGAAACCAGAUCAUAUUAUAUUUUCUUUAUCAGGUGGUACAUCUGACCAUUAUUUCAAAAAUAUAAUUAAAAAACUGAAAGUAGUAGGAUUUCCAUUACUUACAAGGAUCACAGAAAUCUUUUAUACUAAGGGUUUUAAUAGUAAAACUUGGUGAGGGUUCUAGAAGUUUUAAAUUUCAAAACUAAUCACCAAUUUUUUAAAAUGUAGGCAUGCCUAAACAAAAGUGUCAAUAAAUUAGAAUAAAUAUAACUUCAAGUAAACGAGAGCACAAAAACAGAAACAAACUUACGAUCAAAUGUUCAUGAAGAUAUUUUGGUUUUGGCCUCUUAAUCCUAGAUAUAAUGCGUUUUUUUCCUUUGACUUCACUAUGGAAAGGUACACAUAAAAUCUGUUUCUGAUUCAUUCUAUCAUCUGAUGUUAACAGUACUGUCAGGGAUUUAACUGUGGCAUGUGGGGACUAAUUAUUUAAAAUUUCAUUUGAAGUAUUAGUUUGCUAUAAUUUUUUGUCUGCAUAUGUGCAGAUGCCUAGAAGUUUAGACUUCACUUUCACCUUUAAUCAGGUAAAAAUCACAACUAUAAUUUAGAGACAUAGUUUAAUUUGGACUUCUGGUCCUGAUCAGACAGAUAAAUUAAGCUGGAGAUUUUACUUUUAUCUCAACCCAGUUAACAUCUAUAUUUCAGAAGUGUGAGGCUCCUUCCUAAGGCAUCUCCUUAAAUCUUGCCACCUCCCUAAUUCUACUACAGUCUUAUUUCUAUUCCCCCACAGCUUUCAUCACUUCUCUAGCUCAUGGAGUGAUUCUCCAAUCAACAGAUCUUCCUGCCUGCUGGCUUAUGCCCUUGAUGUCCAUUUUUGGGUAGGUUUGGAGGUGCACUCCACAAUGUUAGACCUAUAUGGCAUGGGUAAAACUGCCUUGGGGAGCUAUGGUUACAAGGGCUUCAAUCAAAUUGGAAGAGGCUUCAGUCAUCCUUUGAUUUGUACUGUGAGUACUGGUUGCAAGCUGGCCUGUUAAGUGUAUAUUGUGUUGCCAUAGCAAAGGCCUAGGAAAAUUUGAAGAAAAAAACCCUGAACUGUUAAUUUUUGUAAUUUAUUUAAAAAUGAACAAAAUGGUUAUUAGAAUCCAAAGAAAAUCUAAAAACAAUUCUACUCUUUGGAAAUAUUAUGUGUACUCCAGUUUGCACUUAAGUUGGAGAAUGUUUUGAGACCAUUUAGAUUGUUUUAAAAAUAGCUUGAUCUUGAUCCUUACGCAAAAGAAACAUUACGAUUUGUAUCAUUAUUUGAGAUAGCUAAGGAUUGAUGUUGAAAGUUUAUUCAGUCUAUAGUAAGCUGAUGUCAUGUCAAUAAAUUUUGUUUGGGGAUGUUGGUAUUUUCGAUCUAAUUAGUUAAAAUCUUUUAGCAGACAAAAUAGUAAACCCUCUUAUUUGUGUUAGAUUUUGAACACCUGUAUUAUCCUAUAUUUUCUUUAAUUAUUAGUCAGAGGUAAGCCAGAUUAUUUCAUACUAAAUGAAAAUUAAAGUGCUUUGGCCAUUUAUUUUCUCAACAAAUCUAAUACUAAGUUAAAAAAAAAAGUAUGACUACUAUUAGUUAAUCUACCAUUUAUGCUGUUUUAUACAUUUUAUGAGACACUUCUGUCAACAUCACAAAGGGAAAUACUCUGUUAAGAUUCAGUAAAUGCUUAACCUUUACAUUUUUCAUUUCUUAGAUUUGAAACCAACACUUUUAGAUAUUUUAUUUUUACUUGGGGUUGUUUAAACUUUCUUUUUAAAUUAUUUUAAACAUGGAACGCUUCAUGAAUUUGUGUGUCAUCCUUGCACAGGGGCCAUGCUAAUUUUCCCUGUAUUCCAAUUUUAGUAUAUGUGCUGCUGAAGUGAGCACUAAAAGACUUUCUUUAGGCAAGUGUAGUUUUUUAAAGAUUGAGCUCACUGGCUCAACUCUUGAUGUGUGAAUAUAGUUGAGUUUACAAAAAAUGUUUAAUCAUAUAUGACCACUGGGGGCUAACAGUAUAAACUUAUUCUUGUUAAACUUGUUUGGGUUAAAUAGUAAGUGAAUUCUAAGCAAUUUCUAAGGUUUUUGUUUAGCACACAAGAACACUUCUGUUACAGAUGAUCUCUGACAGAAAAUGUUAUUUUGGGAUUUAUAGAUUAUAAAAGGAAAAAUUAGAUCACUUGGAAAAACCUAACUCAUGUUCAGUAACUUGAGUAUAGAAUUUAUACCACAGUUUAUCUUCAAUAAGGAACCUACAUGAACUUAAUCAGUUAUCUGUAGUUUUUGCAAGGCAUUAGAAAAAAUUUCACAAUUACAGGGGACUGAAAAUGUGAUUUCAACCAGCUAGUCUAGUUGUUGAAUGUCCAGUCACAUUACACAUAGUCCUUUGUGAACUUGUUUGUGAAGGAAGUUCACUUUUUGUGUACAUACGUGUAUAUUUCCUUGUGUAAUAUAAAGCAGAUGGUUAUUAGCAGUAUUUUAGUUCUUUCAAGUUAUAAAUUAUUCAAUUGCUAGACAUCACAGAAAUUAGUAUAUUUAAGAAUUUAUUAUAAAGCUCCUCUACAACUUUUAAAGGUGAGAGGGUCUAUUAUGAUUUUUUAUAAAAUCAAACAGCAUGAUUUAGAACGUCGGUCUUCUACUUAAAAUGUGUCUAUAUUCAUGGUAUUUCCAUUCAGUGUAGAUGGUAAGGAAAACAUCUAGUCAUUAAAGAUUUACUUUUAGCAGACUCCAGAACACUACUUACAAUGGGGUUUCAGUGACUAGAAAUCUUGAAGGUUUAUGAUUGCAUCAAAUUGAGCCUGUACUAAUAUCUAAAUAUCUGCUCUUAUGUUCUGCUUUAUCCCUUGGGAUUACCUUCUAAGGUUUGGUCACACCAGCAAACUGAAACAGAUCUUAAUGUAAAUAAAGAAUUUAUACUAGUAUUACUCAUCUGUGUUACAGUAUUUUGGAAAACGUUUCAGGUGUCAUCUAGUCUUUCAUGGGUGUGUUUAGUUACAAGUAUUAUGCUUAUGUUUUCAUACUUAAUAUCAAGCUUUCUUUGUACCUUACAAGAUAGUAAU